AUGUUAUUUGUUGAUAAAAAUCGAUCGAUUUAUAUAUCGAAUACGGCCAACGCGACAAUAAUAAAAAUAGAUUAUCGAACAAAGAAUGUCUCAAUUAUUGCUGGUGGAUCUUCAGGAGAAGAUCUUAACCAAUUAUCAUGGCCAGAAGGUGUCUUUGUCGAUGAAUUCGGUACUGUUUACGUUGCUGAUACUCGUAAUCAUCAGAUAAUGCAAUGGACACGUGGAACCACAUAUGGUAAUGUUAUUGCAGGAGAAAAAGGAGCUGGUUCUGCAUCUAAUCAACUUUAUUAUCCCUCGGAUUUAUCAUUUGAUUUCGAAGGAAACCUUUAUGUUAUUGAUAAUGGAAAUCAUCGUAUACAAAAGUUUACCAUUAAUAAAGAUUUAUGUUGA